AUGAGUGAAACCAAGUCUUUAGUCUGCGCCAUUGGAUCCGAGUCCACAGCAUUAUCCGAUGAUGACAUUCGUCGUGAGAUCAAAGGAUUGUUGGAUUCACUUGGAACAAAAGAAGAUGUUCUUCUCUUGCCACCAGACUUUACGCGGUUCCAUUCUCAGUCUGGAAAGGUCACGCAAAUGAUUACGGAUUACUAUGGCUUUACGACUGGCGGUGGCGACAACAAGACGCAAAAGGAUGAUAAUGAUGACACUACUACCACUGCUAAGAAUGUCCCGUCCGUGACAAUUCUUCCUACUCUAGGGACACAUGCUCCCAUGACACAACAACAGAUCAAGAUUAUGUAUGGCGAUGAGUUGGCCGCCAAAGACCCAAGUCCAUUUGUCGUGCAUGAUUGGAGAAACGAUGUGGAAACCAUUGGUCACGUUCCGAGUGAAAUGGUCCGAGAGGCAACCAGAGGAAUGGUGGACAAGCCAUGGCCUGCUCAGCUCAAUAAAAUAGUAUGGGAAAAGCGAAAUAAAAAGAAGACAGUGGUAUUCUCAAUAGGACAGGUGGUUCCACACGAAGUCAUGGGAAUGGCAAAUUUCAACAAGAACAUGUUUGUAGGUGCUGGUGGACUUGAAGCCAUCAAUCUAUCUCAUUUCAUUGGUGCUGUAUAUGGUAUGGAGAACAUGAUGGGCCGAGCAGAAAAUCCCCUGCGGUCCAUCUUGAAUCAUGCCAGUGAGAAUUUCUUGGGGGAGCUGGAGCUAUGGUACAUUUUGACAGUCAUUGGUGCUAAUGAAAAAGGCGAAUUGGAAAUGAAGGGACUCUUCAUUGGGAACGACAUUCAAUGUUAUACGAAAGCAUGUGAGCUGAGUCUAAAAGUCAACUUUUCCAUGUUGGGCAGAUCACCCAAGAAGAUUGUGGUGUACUUGGAUGAAGAUGAAUUCCAUUCUACAUGGUUGGGGAACAAGGCAAUUUAUAGAACUCGAAUGGCUAUAGCAGAUGAGGGAGAGCUCAUUAUCCUCGGACCUGGAAUCAGAAAGUUUGGCGAGGACAAGCAAGUCGACGUACUGAUUCGAAAAUAUGGUUACAUUGGUACACCCAACAUUAUGAAAGCAAUGGAAGAAAACGAAGAUCUCAACGACAGUCUGGGGACCGUAGCACAUCUCAUUCAUGGUAGUUCCGAAGGUCGCUUUUCCAUUACGUACUGCCCUGGCCAUCUGAGCCAAGAGGAAAUUGAGUCGGUUGGCUUCAAAUAUGCACCACUUUCGGAAAUGAGCAAAAAGUAUGACGUGGGGAAACUUCUCGAUGGAUGGCAUCAAGAUCCAGAAUCUGGGGAAGAGUUCUUUUUCAUCAAGAACCCUGCAUUAGGCCUAUGGGCAGUGCCCAGUAGAUUCGAUUAG